GAGCAGAGACGAAAAAUAUAGUAUUUCAAUGGCGGCUACUUUCUCAAGCAUUCUUUCAACUCCCAAUGCGGGAAAGCUUACUCCAGCUUCUCUUUCAUGGAAGCUUCCCGUUUCCUCCUCAUUCGGCGUCGUAUCUAUGCCCCGUCGCGAUUCCGCUCGACCUAUGUUUGUCGUCUAUGCGGCUGACGGCAAGCCGACGGUUCUCGUGGCGGAGAAGCUAGGAGAGGCUGGUUUGAAUCUAUUGAAAGAUGUUGCGAAUGUGGAUUGUUCUUAUAAUUUGACUCCUGAGGAGCUAUGUACUAAGAUCUCGCUUUGCGACGCCUUGAUUGUUCGAAGCGGGACCAAGGUAUCUCGUCAGGUGUUUGAGGCUUCAGGUGGGAGGCUCAAGGUCGUCGGACGUGCUGGCGUUGGUAUAGAUAACGUGGAUCUGGCGGCCGCGACGGAGCAUGGUUGCCUCGUUGUUAACGCGCCGACCGCUAACACCAUUGCUGCGGCGGAGCACGGGAUCGCGCUUUUGACUGCUAUGGCACGGAAUAUCGCGCAAUCUGACGCCUCUGUCAAAGCUGGUAAAUGGCUGCGAAACAAAUAUGUUGGUGUUUCUCUUGUUGGGAAAACACUUGCUGUGAUGGGGUUUGGAAAGGUUGGUUCUGAAGUUGCUAGGCGUGCAAAAGGGCUUGGUAUGCAUGUCAUUUCACACGAUCCUUAUGCUCCUGCUGAUCGUGCCCGUGCAGUUGGUGUUGAGCUUGUGAGCUUUGAUGAAGCAUUGGCAACUGCUGAUUUCAUCUCGCUUCACAUGCCUCUUACUCCAACAACAUCAAAGGUGCUAAAUGACGAGACUUUUGCAAAGAUGAAAAAAGGAGUCCGGAUUAUUAAUGUUGCUCGUGGUGGAGUUAUUGAUGAAGAUGCUUUAGUUAGAGCACUUGAGAGUGGCAUUGUUGCUCAGGCUGCUCUUGAUGUUUUUACUGUAGAGCCACCGCCUAAGGAUAGCAAAUUGGUUCAACAUGAAAAUGUCAUUGUAACACCUCAUCUUGGUGCCAGCACAAUGGAAGCUCAGGAAGGAGUGGCAAUUGAAAUUGCUGAAGCUGUUGUUGGAGCCUUACAGGGAGAGCUUGCUUCCACUGCUGUCAAUGCUCCAAUGGUUCCUUCUGAGGUUUUGGCUGAGCUGAAACCAUAUGUAGAGCUAGCAGAGAAGUUGGGAAGGCUGGCUGUGCAACUAGUAACAGGAGGGAGUGGUGUAAAAGACGUAAAAGUGUCAUAUGCUUCUGCCCGAGCUCCGGAUGACCUGGACACUAGGGUUCUCCGUGCGAUGAUCAUAAAGGGCAUAAUCGAACCCAUCUCGAGCACAUUCGUGAACUUAGUGAACGCAGAUUUCACUGCCAAGCAGAGAGGCGUGCGAAUUACGGAAGAACGUGCGAUGUUAGACGGUUCGCCAGAAAAGCCAUUGGAUUACAUCCAGGUUAGUAUUGCAAAUGUGGAGUCGAAGUUUGCAAGCGCGUUAUCAUCAGAUUCAGGAGAUAUAAAGGUGGAAGGAAAGGUUAAAGACGGUGUGCCACAUUUGACAAGGGUUGGUUCGUUUGAGGUUGAUGUGAGCUUGGAAGGAAGUAUUAUACUGUGUAGACAGGUUGAUCAGCCGGGGAUGAUUGGAACGAUUGGAAGUAUUUUGGGUGAAGAGAAUGUGAAUGUUAGUUUUAUGAGCGUUGGAAGGGUUGCUCCUAGGAAGCAUGCUGUGAUGGCGAUUGGAGUUGAUGAGCCACCGAGCAGCCAAUCUUUGAAGAGGAUUGGUGAGGUUCCUGCCAUUGAAGAGUUUGUUUAUCUCAAGUUGUGAGUGAGUAAUUUCAUUUCAUUUCCUUCCAGUUUUGGUUUUGGUUUUGGGGAUUAUUAUUAUUGAGGCAAAAUGAUUAAUAAGUUGUAGUGUUGUUGUUCCAUCCCAAUCUGGACCUUUUUUAGAGAUUUUCUGAACCAAUUUUCAAUAUAGUCCAGUCAGAAGUUACCCCUUUUU